GAUGCGUCGGAGGACGGAUCGGUAAUGACAUUACAUGGCUACCAACGGGUCGACUCGGACCCUACGCUUAGUGAGAGGCACGCUGAUAUUCUCAAUGGGAACGCAGACUUUGCUUCGACCUGUCAUGCUGGCCUAGGUAUCGACCUCGAUGAGAGCAGCUUCGAUGAGCUCGAAAGAAAUGAGUUAGCAGACCAUCUCGGUGAAAUCCCUGAUACAUUCCAUCGAAGGCAACGUCGAGAAGCCCUGUUCGGAUCCUCUGUCGCUCGAGGAGGCUAUUCGGAAGCCUAUGAAAGCAGCCAAUUGUUGCAUUCCUGUCAUGAAAAGAGUGGUAAUGAUGACACCGAUCAAAGCGAUGACUCCAAAGAGGAGGAAGAAGAGGAAGAGGAACAAGGAGGAGCAAAAAAGUAUGCUAAACUAAUCCUACCUCAUGUGGCGUUGGUGCUGCUCACGUGUGCAUAUACCGUGUUGGGAGCUUCGAUAUUCUAUACGGUAGAACGACCGCACGAAAUGGAAACGAAACAACGCCAGCUGAAAAUGAUUUACUCUCAUCAAGACGACUUUGUCAACAAUCUGAUCAGAUUGGCUUCUGUCAACACCACAGGUCGACGCGAAUGGGAACUCGUUGCACAGCAGCAUCUCCACAACAUGUCUGAUCAACUAUUUGUCGCCUUUGAGAAGUACUUUCUUACCAGCAAUGAGGUGAAAAAGAAUACUACAGCAGAGAUCUGGUCCUUCUCAACUGCCGUAUUCUUCGCUGUGACCGUGGUGACAACUAUAGGAUAUGGUAAUCCGGUGCCGAUAACGAAUAUAGGAAGGAUUGUAUGUAUCAUGUUCUCUUUGUUCGGCAUUCCUCUCACCCUAGUCACCAUAGCCGAUUUGGGCAAGUUCCUCUCGGAACAUUUGGUUUGGAUGUACGGUAACUAUCUGAAGCUGAAACACUUCAUAUUCUUGAAACGUGGUGGCCGCGAGAAACGGCGAGAGCACGUGUGCGAGCAUUGUCAACGUCAUGGUUUGGGGCACGACAUGCACAUCAUCGAAGAGCAAAGGAUUCCUGCCAUUCUUGUGUUAGCCAUUCUUGUUCUCUACACAGCACUUGGUGGAGUUCUCAUGUCAAAGAUAGAGCCGUGGACGUUUUUCACUUCAUUCUAUUGGUCAUUUAUAACUAUGACUACUGUCGGGUUCGGCGAUUUGAUGCCACGUCGUGACGAGUACAUGUAUAUCAUUUUAUUAUAUAUCAUUCUAGGACUUGCAAUUACAACAAUGUGUAUCGACUUGGUCGGCGUUCAAUAUAUUCGCAAAAUUCACUACUUUGGAAGAAAAAUACAAGAUGCACGAUCAGCACUGGCUGUUGUUGGUGGAAAGGUCGUGCUAGUCUCCGAACUGUAUGCAAAUCUAAUGCAAAAAAGAGCGCGAAAUCUCUCGAAGGAGGCUUUUAUCAUAGAGAAUUUGUACAUAUCGAAGCAUAUUAUUCCCUAUAUUCCGAGCGAUAUACGAUUGAUAAGAUAUAUUGACCAGCAUGCCGAUGGUUCUAUUUCUACGUCAUCGUCAUCGCUCGACCUGCAGAGUUGUAGAUUUUGCCAUUCGCGGUUUAGUUUCAAUCUGCAGCAAAAUCGACCUCUUGGAGAGCACUAACGCCAUGUUGCCUCAAAAUCAUUGCCGUUGGUUAUAAACGCUCAGUUAUACUACUCUGUUUCAUCCAGCCUCACUAGUCAGCACUGCCCUUGAAACUUAUUGGAAGAGUUCCUUCUUACAGAUUGAUUGUUAUCUGGCACACAAGUUAUCGUCAAAUUUUUCUAGUCCUCAAAAAGUAGUCACUCCUGGCUAUGUUAUAUUAUGUGAAGAUUAUGACUAAUGCAUUUAUGUAAAAACAAUCAAUUCUAAUAGAUAAAUGUUUAUUUAGUCU